CUGUCAUCGGAGUUUUGUUGUGAUAAUUGUUUGAAAACAACUUUCAUCUAAACAUUGUUCAAGUGCAAAUCAUCUGUAACUUCAGACCAACCAUGAGAAGUUUAUCAUCAUUCUUCAUUCUGUGUUUCGUCUCAUUCGUCAAUGGAAUGUUCUAUGACACAGCUCCUAGGCUGUAUGACUUUGGGCCUGGAACAAUUGGUGCACCAAUGUUAUUUAGAUAUUCAUUCGACGAUGCAAGAAUGGGUCCUCCAUAUGAAUUUCGAUUCAAAUUUGCCCAAUUUCCACAAUAUGAUAAAACCCUUGUCUCAGAUCAAAAUGGUAAAGAUUACGUCGUAACAUUUGAAUCAGCGAAAGCUGGUAACUAUACAGUACAAAUCGAUGCAUGGUAUUCUCGUCAUGGAAUUCCUUUUCAUUGGAUAGGAACUCUUCACUCUACUUUCCAGCUUACAGAUUCACUAACUGGAACUAUAGCGGUAAAUGAUGAUGCAAGGAAAAAGGUUGUUUCCACUGCAGAGACGUUUAAACUCACUGCCAGAAUGAGUUAUUAUUUCGGGUUCUUCAACUCAGCUGCUAUAACAUACAAAUGGAUUAUCAAUGAUGAACAACAAGAAGAAAGCAAAGAGGUUAUUGAACAUACUUUUUCUCGGCCUCAACUGAACAACAUUUCAGUGAUUGUUACAGCAACUAAAACCAAUGGAAGUCGUCUUAUACAAAAAUCUGGUACAUUCAACCUUACAUUGGAAAGCAAAGAUCCAAUUACUGAUUUGACUGUUGAUGGUCCAACCGAGGUUAAAGUGUUUGAAAGACUUCAACUGGACUGCAAAAUUCAUGGUGGAACACCUCCAUUUCAUUAUGACUAUUCCUCCUGGAUGGGAGGACCUUACAGCGAACAUAUUGAUGUUACUAAACCUUUGAAUGAAAGCCUUUUCUCAUUAAUCAGAUAUUUCAGUGAAAAAGGAACAAGAAAGCUAAAAAUUGUUGCUAAAAAUGAUGUAUCUUCAAUUACAAAAUGGAUGGAGAUUUCAGUCUAUUAGUCUAUAGAACGCAAUUGUUACCACUGGAGAAAUCUUGAUAAGAAUUAACAUGUUUUUGAUGUUACUCUUCACAAAAGAUGAAUCUCUUUGAUACUAGGUCAAACGAUCGCUCGCCAAGAUCGGAUUGUGCUUAAAACAUAGUCAAUCAUCAUUUAGUAGAGCUAUAUAUUUUUCUAUGCAUCAGAAUAAAAAAUAAAUAUACAAUUAACGAA